AGAGAGAGAGCGAUAUUUCCGGCGAUCUUGCACCAUUUCCGGCUAGGAACCACUUUCAAAACCGUAAGUUUCAGUACCCAUUUAGACUAAAAAUUUCUUAACGAAUGGCCUCGGAAGGGAGUUCUAGUAUGGGUAGGAGUUUAGAGAUUGUGAGGGUGGACGAGCCCAUUGUGGCGACCUCCUCAGAAAUAGCUGGGGCCAUAAUGGGAGGGGAAAACAUGUGGAAGCGACCGGAUAGCCCUCCGGAUACUUCUGUGCACUGGGGGGCAUCGGACUACCCAUCAAAGUUGAGGGAGGCCGACCUUGAUAGACUUAGGACGGAAUAUAGGAUCCCGGACAGUGUGGACCUGAUUCUCCCAGGGCCAGAAGAGAGAGCUUGUUACCCAAGGCCGGGCUGCGUGGCCAUUAGCGAGGCGAUCCUUAGGGCCGGACUUAGGCUGCCUAUUCACCCGUUCUUUAGGUUGGUGCUUAGGUCUUACGGGCUAGCCCCGACGCAGCUCAAUCCGAACUCCUGGAGCCAGAUGGUGGGCUCCUGGAUGUUGUGGAAAGAGGCGUCGUUAGGAGUGGAGAUGCCCCUUUCCGUCUUCCAAACUCUUUACAUACCCAAGGUUACUGCCGGGGGGGAUAAGACCCGGGGCUGGUACUACCUGACGUCGUGGGGUUCCCACACUCCAUUUGUGAUCGAUCUGCCAAGCUCCAUCAAGGAAUGGAAGAGCUCUUGGUGCUGGGCAGCGGGGCGAUGGGACACAAUGGAGGGGGACCCCCUGGCGCCUCUUACAGUCCCGGCGAAGUUUUCAACACUUAGUUCCCUCCCUCGGUGCGAGCUGUCGACAGAGGACUUCGACAUUAUUUGCGUUAUUUAUCAACUGCCUCAGAAGAAGAGGUCAUAUCACAGGCUCAUUCGGAAAAACAUACACUUCGUCACUCACGAAUUAAUGGCGUCCCAAGGUAAUAGGUCCGAAGCCCACACUCUUUUAACCUGAACUCCCUAUACUUUUAUUAAUUCCUCACUUGUUUCUUUGCAGAUAACUUCAAGAAGAAGCUGCCAGUACGCCCUGACUUCAAAACUAUUCAGAAAAUGAUGGCUGAAGCAAGGGCACUGAAGGCCUCCUCCUCUUCAUAUAAGAAGCAAAUGGAGGAGCUGGUGGAGGCCAGUAAGAGACUUCAGCCUCCGACGGAGGAGGAGG